AUGGCCUGCAUUUUGAAGCCCACUAUGCCCACCUCUUGCUCUCCCGAGCUUUACGGUAUGGAAGUUUGCUUAGUGUCCGUUAAAGUGGCCUGCCCCACGAUGAUCAAUGUGCACGAGUGGCUCAUGAUCCACCACACCAUCAUCAGCUCUACCGGGUGCCCCGGGGGCAAAUACGACGUCUUCGCCGUCGCCGAAUUCCCGAUAUUUGCCUCCAAGGCGGAGUACAUCAGCAUGAGCAUCGGCAUCCCGCUCGGACCCGUCACCGUCGAGUUCGCCACCACGCUCGACAUCCGCCAGGGCUGCUCCUCCCACCUCGACAAGGUCACCGCGAACAUCAAAUACCCGCUCCUCGCAUCCGUCAAGGGCGGCGCGUUCAAGGGCAACCUCCACAACAGCUGCGGCAUCACCAUGUCCAUCGGCGUCCCCGAGAUCUACGGCAGCGUCCGCCUGUGGAUCGACUGCGACUCGCUCUGGAUCGACUUCGACUUGACGGUCUUCGGCGUGCCAUACAAGGGCAAGUUCGCCGUGCUCCCCAUCCCCCGCUGGUUCAUCGCCGUCGCCAAUAGCGACAAGCUCCUCGACGCCCCCACCGGCAAGAUCUCCCCCCUCCCGUCUCCCGGCGCCAUCAACGUCAACAACGAGACGAACAACAUCACCAACAUCGUGACGGCCCCCGCUUCCGGGGCCGCCGUUGCCGUCGCCUAA